UAGAUUCAAACAUUCUACACAAAUCAAUUUCAUAAUCCAAAAGGAAGUGAGAAAAGUGAGUUUAUUUAUUUAUUAUUUUACAGAAAAAGAAAGAGAGAAAAAUGAAUUAAUUAUAUGGAAAGUCCUUUAGAUUUUGGUUUCAAAAUUCUCACAAUUCCUUUGCCUUUUGAAUUUCAAUCGUAUGGGGAAUUGGAGAAGACGAUACGGCUCUGAAAUUCCUCAUCAUCAGCUACUCAAAUCCCCCAGAAACCCCUCUCCAGAUAAUUGGCACGCUGGUGUGCCGUCGUGGGAAAAGAAGUUUUGUUCAUCUGUUGGGUUGAUUUCAUGGAAGAAGUUGUUGGAUACUAAGAAGUGUAUGUACCUUUAUGACAAUGUGGUUAAAUGGAAUGACUCGGCUGGUGAAGAAGCGUUUCAUAAUGCAAAGAGUAGGUUUUGGGCGGAAAUUAAUGGAUUGCCUUGCGAUAUAUCGUUGCCUGAUCCUGACAUUUAUAUCGAUGAGAUCGAUUGGAAUUGUAAUGUUGACCCUGAUCUAAUGUUAGAUUUGGAGAGAGAACAGAUUGCUCCUGUUAGGGAGGGAGAUGUAGUGAUUGCGAGUUUGUAUGAGGCUCUUGGCUUGUAUCAGUCAUAUACAUGCGUCGGAUGGGGCGAAGCUAAAGAAGAUCUUCAGAAACCGAAAGCAGAGCCGGGUAAUUGUGAUCAGAAGGUGGAUGAUGGACAAAACUCUUGGGAGAUGAGUUCUGCUACCAAGAAUAAUGUGGGUUUGAGAGAUGAGUAUUUGAAUAAUUCAGUUGGUUGGAAUGAUUGGGGGAAUAAUCACACUCACAACCCCAGUUACAAUCAAAAUCACAAUCACAAAGAAUCAGACAAUAGGUUUACGAAUCGGAUUUGGAGAACAUGUGAUGUGAACUGCAAAAACUCGGGUGGGAAUUGGUACCAUUCAUCGACAUUCAAGGGAUCGAGAUUUCAUUACGAUGGCUAUCAAAAGGAAAAUGGUUGGAGAAACAGCAGGAGAGGAGGAAGGAAGAGAGUAAAUUUUGCUCAUGAACCUAAUAAUUCUCCUGAAUGUUGGAAGAAUUCGAAUCCUAAUAGACCAGUAAACCAACAAUGGUCUAGCAAUGGGAUAAAUGGAGUCAGGAGAAACCAGUUUUGUGAAUAUUGAGUCUAUAUAUUAUCAUUCCUUAUAUUCUUUGUUACCUUUCAGGUAGAAAUCAUAUAAUAUACAAAAACAGGCAAACUACGUGUCGUUUGCUUUUCUUUGCGCACGGCUUGAGUUUCGGUGAGUAUAGAAAUAUAUAUAUAUGUUCAUUCCCCCCGAUUCCUUUGUACAGUACAGUCUAAAUGAGCAAUAUUGUGGCAUAUUUUUUAUGUUGUUAGAAAAAGCUUUCCCUGUAAAUUUUUACUUGCCAUGUUGGUUUCUUUUUUAGAAGUUUCAUGGCUUGUUCAGCUGGAAGUUUAGUAACUGAAAAUGGAUUCAUGUGUCACGUUAUUGUUCAAAUUUGGUCCAUUGUUGGGUUCUGAUGGUGACUGUCUGUUUUUGGAUUCUUUAGAAAAUAAUAAAUAAAUAAGUGUUUGAUGGGUUUUGAAGCCAA